AUGCUGCGCGGGUAUGCACAACAGUACGGUGUCCCGUCUGACUAUGCGUCGUAUAUCCAGCAGAUUGAAAAUGCCCCGCAGAACCCGGCCGCAGUUUCGGGAGCCGGUGCAGUCGGGUUGAUGCAGCUUAUGCCGGGAACGGCUGCGGGAUAUGGGGUGACGCCAGCCCAACUUACCGACCCGGCGAUAAACAUGCAGACGGGUACUCAUCUCCUCGGGGACUUGUGGCAUCGCUAUGGCGGCAACCCGGACCUUGUGGCGAUUGCUUAUAAUGCCGGCCCGGGCUGGGCGAACCGAUACCAGAACGGCCAGAUCGGGCUGAAUGGACUACCAGACCAGACACAAGGAUAUCUGGCUAAACUUCAUGCCAUGAUGGGCGGCGCGCCGUUGCCACAAACCCAGCCACAACCGCAGUUCCAGCAUUACGCCGCCGGAACCGGCAUCAACGGACUUAUUGGCGCGGGUAUGCCGGCCGGGUUCGGCCAGCAGCCGGCGAUGGGUAAUGUAGCGCCCCCGCUCGGAUCGCCGUAUAGUGCCCCUCGAACGCCAGUAAUGGAUAUGGGGGGUCGAAUGUCGGGGUCUAUGGUGCCAAUUCCGGUAAUGAGUGGUUUGGUGGCGCCGGGGGGCGCAGCCCCAAGCGCGCCGCUACCGGGUGUUUUCAUGACCGAUACUCCGCAGUCACCGCCUGGUAUGGAUAUGGCGGAACUGGGUCGGCUGUCCCAGGCCAUCCAGCAGAUGACGGGGGGCGCGGCACAGCAGCCCCAGCAGCAGAUCCCUCCUGCACUCCGGCAGCAGAUGGAACAGGACCAGGUUACGGCGGCGCUGCGUGCGAGGGGGAUAACUGAUCCGGCCAUUUUCGGACAAGGAGAGGGAUACGGUGCUGCCGACCUCGCCCGGUAUCCGCAGUUCAAUCCGGCGAACCCCCAGUCAUACGCCUCGAUCCCCACGGGCUCCAUCUAUCAGGAAACCACCGCCGGCCAGAAUGGCGCGGGGGAACUGGGGACCGGCGUAUUCCGACGCAAAAUGUCUGCGGCCGUCCAGAAUCAUACGGCCAACCCGCAGGUAAAUACAGCGCCGGGUAUGUUCGGCGCCGCCCGGGAUGAAGUAUCUGCGGCCGGGAACCAGAUUGCCGGCAUGACGGAUAACGCGAUCGCCACAGGAUUGCGUGCCAUCGGCGCUACAGGCCGCGCACGGGAAUACGCACAGGCUGGCUCGAACCGCGAAAACGCCGCGCAGGUUCAGGGUAAAAUUGGUGCCGCAGCCGGUGGUAUUAUCCCUAUCCUCGGCGCGCUGGCCGCAGCCCCGGAAACACUGGGCGCGAGUGGCGCUCUGGCUCUUGGGGCUGGCCUGUCUGGUGCGCAGGGGCUGACGGAAAGCACCGGACACGCGACCGCCGCAGGUUCAGGACCGGGCCAGACGGCGCUCGAUGCGCUUGUUGGUGGGGCUGGCGGUGCCGCCGUUGGGGCUAUCACACCUACCGCCGGGCGAUCGAUCAUCGAAGGUUUGGCGUCUUUGGUAGGUAAAGAUGCAGCGGCCAAAGCGGCUCCGGGACUGUUGCGCAGUAUAGCGGAAGGCGCGGGCACGUUUGGCGUAGGCAACACGGCGGUGCAGGGCGCGCAGCAUCUGAUCGACCCGACGGCUUUCGGCGCACCAACCUCGGGCGAUAUACUGGGCAAUAUGGCCUUCGGUGGCGCGCUUGGCGCGCUCCACCAUGUGAGCCAGCCGGCUGUCCCGGACCCGCUACAGCUUACGCAUGAUCCUAAUUUUAACCAGCCCCCGCCGGAAGGGGGUGAGUCGCAAACACCGCCAGUAUCCCCGGAAACCCCCGGUAAUCCGACGCAGAAUGGUGAGUCUAUCCCCCCGGAAGAUUUCCCACCGGCCGCACCGGCUGCGCCGCCGGCAGAAAGUGGCGCCCCGGGGGAACUACCCGCGGAAACGCCGCCGGGCGAACAGGCCGCUCCCCCCGAAGGCGCACCAGCGGAGACGUCGGGUGGCGAACAGGAGCCUGCGGCCGAACCACCGGCAGCCGAACCAUCCCCUCGUGCCCAGCCGGUAGAAGCGGGUGAAGUGCCGCCGGUCACGCAGUUUACUCCGCAAGCGGUUCAAAUGGGGCUCGCGCGGCUGGCGCAAGACCACGCCCAGGCGAUCCAGGCGCUCCACGACGUGCUGUCCAAUCGCAACGUCGAUAGCGAAGGGCGAUAUAAAAUGCCCGAGCGGCAGUCUGCGGUAACGCCCUAUAUGGUGUCGUCGGACCUUAACGGGCUGACAGCCAAAGAACUGGGCGAACGUGUCGCCGCCACACAGGCGUAUCAUACGGCAUUGGCACGAGAGGCUGCGACGGCCGGAAUAACGGAUAUCCCUCCGCUAUCCCCCGCCGAUCCGGAUACCGCCUCUGCGUUGCGGGAUCAUGUGCCCCUAACCAGCACUGAGUACGGCGACGACGGAACGGCUCGCGUCAUGCUGCAUGAGCGUCCCCCCGCGCAGCCGGACGAACAGACACCGGAUGCACAGAUCCUUAACAGCCUCCGGGAACAGUCUGGUAUUCCGCUGGGCGAACCGAAAGCCAUUCCGUCGGAAACACUGGGCCGCAUGGCGCCGGAGAUCCGGGACACACUGGCGCGGCAGGACAGGGUGAUGCGCGCGUAUGAAACGCCGCAGGCCCGUAUGAGCGCGGAGUAUCUGCGCCGGCAGUCCCAGCUUAUGGAUAGUCUGCCGGAUGAGGAUCUGCGUAAAAUACAGGCGGAAGGCGAUAAGCCAAAAGCGGCGGCCCACUCGAUCAUACUUGGUGAACGAGCGCGGACAAUAUUGGAGGGUCGCCGCCUGGGGAGUCGCAAGGGGCGGAAACGCCCCGGAUUGAAAACUGCCUGUAACCCCGGAGUGAGCGAUGGCCGAAGAUAA